AUGGGAGUAGUGCCUGAACGUACCAAACUGCACUUAGCCAUGAUUGUCUGCCAGCUAGGUUUUGCAGGGAACCAUAUUAUCUUGAAGAUUGCACUUAACAUGGGUAUAAGCCUGCUUGUUUUCCCAGUUUAUAGGAACAUCGUCGCGCUGGUUGCACUAGUUCCCUUUGCGUAUUUCUUAGAGAAGAGAGACAGACCACCAAUAAGUACUUCUCUUUUGUUACAAUUCUUCUUCCUUGGCCUUAUCGGGUUGAUAUGCAUGCAAACAUUUUCCCAUUUACAAUUUUGGCUUUCAAUUCCGGCAACAGAAAAUUCGGUUCCUGCUAUAACCUUUCUCAUGGCGGUCAUAUUCAGAAUGGAGCAAGUACACUUGAAAAGGAAAGAUGGUAUGGCUAAGGUGCUUGGAACUGUUUCUUCUGUUGUUGGAUCUCUUGUGAUUACUCUUUAUAAGGGACCAACCCUAUUUGGAUCAAAUUUACAGCGGCCGCCUAGCUCGCCUAUAGGUUCAGCCGGCCCUGACUGCCUUUGCUGGUCUAGUUGGAUUGUCUUACAAACACCACUCAUAAAGAAAUAUCCAGCUCGGCUUUCGAGUGCCUCGUAUGCUUACUUCUUUAGUAUUCUUCAAUAUUUGUUAAUAGCAGCAGUCUAUGAGAGAAACUCCCAAGCCUGGAUAGUUAACUCCACUGAUGAACUCCUUACUAUUUUCUAUACGGGAUUGGUGGCUUCUGCAAUGACAUAUGCAAUACAAAUAUAUGUAAUUGACAAGGCAGGACCGGUGUUUGUUUCAGUUUAUCUACCUCUACAGACCUUGCUUGUUGCUAUAAUAGAAGCCGUUGUUUUAGGCGAAGAAUUCUACUUAGGAGGGAUUAUUGGAGCAGUUUUUGUCGUAGCUGGACUAUACCUCGUUUUGUGGGGAAAAAGUGAAGAGAAAAAGUUAGAUGAAGAAAAGCCCUUGGUGUUUGAAAACAGUAAUGGGGAAAGUUUAAGCAAUGUCUCAAUCAUCCAACCAUCGCUUCCUACCUCUAGCAAUUAA